GCUGACUCGCUGUGCAAAGAUGCCGAUGAUGACAACCCUGGUGGUGUGGUGCUAUUUGAAGGAGAACUUCAGAUAGUGUCGUCCGAAAAUGCCAAUGCGCAUAUACCCGAUCCAGAGCUUGAACGUAAGAUUCUUUUGCGUUGUGUUUGAGCAGCUAACUCUAUUUGCAAUAUAUAACUUUCUUUUUCAAAUCGAAGCACUAACUUUGAAGUUUACUAUAUCAUCGAUCUCUUUUACACUCCUAUCUUUCUGCAUGUUGACUUUGAAGAGUCUUAUAAUUUUUCUUUCUUAUAAUCAUUGGUAUAACAAUAAAUUUCAUUUUAAAUUAAGCCGCAUUAUCAUAUUUCAGUGCUAUAUAGAUACUCUUUUCGAGAGAUUUGCGGUUAACAGGUAAUG